AGUGAACUGCGAACAGCGAAAACGACAACUUCGUUGCGUUGAGUAUUGUGAAUCGCCAUUUGCCGGUCACUAACAACAUUAAUAAUUCUGAUUAUAUCGCGAUUUACAAGCGUCUGACUUAAAAAAUGUCCUACUUUCCGUUCUACAUCGAGUGCGAACAGCCUCGGCAGCAGCGGCUAGCCGAUCAGCAUUUCGGCUUGGGCCUAACUCCGAGCGACUAUCUCACGAUCCUGGCCCUACCGCAGGGCAAUAGUAACUACUUGAGACAAUGGCGGAACAUGCAGGCGGCGAAUCGAGACACGGGCUCCACCAUUAAAGAAGACAAAGACAAGUUUCAAGUAAACCUGGAUGUCCAGCACUUCGCACCGGACGAGAUUGAAGUGAAGGCGGCCGAUGGUUUCCUGAUCGUGGAGGCCAAACAUGAGGAGAGAAGAGACGAGCACGGGUUCAUCUCGCGGAGUUUCGUCCGGAAGUAUCCUCUGCCGGACGGAGUACAGGAGGAUCUGCUGACGUCUAAGUUGUCUUCCGAUGGGGUUUUGACUGUCGUCGCACCUCUGAAGGCUCCACCGAAGGCGUCCAACGAGAGAAUAGUUCCCAUCGUGCAGACCGGGCCCGUGAGGAAGACGGAAGGCGAAAGCUCCUAAGUGUUGAUUCGUGAAUCGUGAUCAUUCCAUUAUGUGUUGUGUUAGAUUGUGCAUUUAUUUUUGAGGUGAAUAAAUUCUAGUCAUUUUAA